AUGGCGACAGAAUAUGCAAUCGGGGCAGCAGGACCUCAAUUCAAUCCGUACGAAAACGCGAACACUGUCGCAGAGAGAUGGAGAACGUGGAAAAGGAACUUCCAAUACUAUUUGGACGGCCAAAUCGGCUUAAGCGACAAACAAAAAAUCGCGAGGUUACUGCAUCAGGCGGGACCAGACGUUCAAGAGAUUUAUGAAAGUAUAGCAGAAAAUGAAGCCGUAGGAACAACGGAGCUUGAAAAGUGCUUUUACAGACUCGACUUAUAUUUUGAGCCAGAAGUAAACAGAGCAUAUGAGAGACAAAAAUUUAGGAACCUAACUCGGAACAAGAAUGAGUCAAUGGAACAAUACUUAAUAAAACUGCGUAGACAAAGCAAAUUUUGUGGUUUUACUAACACCGACGAAGCUAUAUGCGACCAGGUUAUUGAAAAAUGUGCAGAUGCUAAAUUGAAAAGAAAAUUCCUAAAGAAAGGGAAAGAUAUUACACCAGCGAUAAUUUUGGAAAUAACUAGGAUAUACGAGUUGGAGAAAACAAAUGAAGAAGAAGAAAUCAGUAUAGAAGUGCCAGAAAAUAAUGUUAACAAAAUACAAUCAAAAUCAACAUGCUUUAGGUGCGGCCGACAGGGUCAUUUUGCAUCCAGUAAAGUGUGCCCAGCAUUAGAUAUGAAGUGUGACAAGUGUGGCAUUAGAGGUCACUUCUCAAAGUGUUGUAAAACGAAGAAAGGUAAACCAAAAGACAGUGUGAACAAAAAGAAAAAGAAGAAGUAUGUGAAAUAUGUUAUUGAAAGUGCAUCAGAGUCGGAGGACAGUUCGGACGAGGACACAUCAGAUGAAAACUGUGAGGAAAGUGUGAACUCUGUGUUUAAUAUUGAAAGCGAGAACUGUAAGUACACAAUCUUAAUCGGAGAGAAGCUAUCUUACAAAUUCAUUGUUGACUCAGGUGCAUCUGUUAAUGUUAUUGAUAAGAACACUUUUAAAAAAUUGAUCCAUCAAGGUUUGAAUGUUAAACUAAAUACUUGUGUUAAUCAAAAAUAUUAUGCAUAUGGUGGUAAAGAACUUUCCCAACUAGGUACUUUUAAGACAACACUAUACUCACCUGACUCAAGGAAACAAGUACAGACCGAAAUACUGGUUUACAAAGGACAUGGACCAUCACUCUUAAGUAGACAGACUUCGACUCAGUUAGGUUUACUUUGGGUUGGACCCAUUCACCAAAUAGAACCCUUGUUCCAAAUGACUGACGUUGUAAAUAAGUAUCCAGACAUAUUUAAGGGAGUUGGGAGGCUUCUAAACUUCAAGCUUCAAAUUCCCAUAGACCCUAAUGUAAAACUUAUUGCACAACCCAUACGAAGACAACCAUUUAACAUGAGACCUAUUGAAGAAAGACUGAUAAAAGAAUUACUUGACUAUGACAUUAUUGAACCCGUAACCGGACCAACUCCAUGUGUGUCUCCUAGCCACAUUGUAGCCAAGAAAGCUAAAGACCAGUACCGACUUGUAGUAGACAUGCGCAGGGCUAAUGAAGCAGUGUUACGUGAACGGGUACCUUUGCCCACAUUUGAAGAACUUAUAGCUGAUUUAAACGGCUGUAAGUAUUUUUCUUGUUUGGAUAUUAAGUGGGGCUACCACCAAAUAGAGCUGGAGGAAGAAUCAAGGAACAUUACAGUCUUCAGUUCGAGCCUUGGUCUAUUCAGGUACAAAAGAUUAUUCUUUGGCAUACGCUGUGCGAGUGAGAUGUUUCAGAGGGUCAUUGCCCACUUACUGCAAGGAAUUGAUGGAGUUGCAAACAGCCAAGACGAUAUCAGAGUUGGUGGAAGAACUAUAGAAGAACACAACCAUAGACUUAUACAGGUGCUGAAUAAACUACAUAGUAGUGGCAUAACAUUGAAUGAAAAUAAAUGUGUGUUCGGCGUGACAGAAAUGAAUUUCUUGGGAUACCAUCUAUCGGCAGAAGGCAUCAAGCCAACAACGACUAGCCAACAAGUUAUAAAGGAAUUUCGUCACCCUGAGAACAAGGAGGAAGUUAGAAGCUUUCUGGGACUUGUAAAUUUUUCAGCAAGGUUUAUUCCCAAUUUCAGUACCAUUUCAGAACCUCUACGGAACCUAACCAAGAAGGACUGUGAUUUUGUCUGGACUGACAUUCAUGAAAAAGCCUUUCAAAAACUUAAAGAUUGUAUCUCCAGAGCACCAGCCCUAGGCUAUUAUGACAAAAAUUGUGAAACAACUUUAGUUACAGAUGCAAGUCCAGUUGGGAUUGCUGGAGUUCUAAUACAACAUCAGGAUAUUGAAGGAGAAAAGCAACCUGUUGUCAUCAAGUACAUUAGCAAAGCUCUGUCACCAACAGAACAGCGCUACUCACAAACUGAAAAGGAGGCAUUAGCUAUUGUUUGGGCCUGUGAAAGUCUGUAUAUGUACCUAAUAGGAAGACAUUUCAAUAUUUUAUCGGACCAUAAACCACUGGAAAUAAUUUAUUCACCUACUUCCAAACCUAGUGCCAGGAUACAACGAUGGGUCUUAAGACUUCAGCCAUUUACAUUUAAGGUUAUAUAUAAACCCGGAAAGACAAACAUAGCUGACCCAGUUUCUCGACUGCUUAACACUAGCAACAGUCCUCAGGUAACCACUGAUGAUAUUGAAGAUGUUGCAUUACUAUCAUUUAUUGAAGUUAAAGCAGUAACCACACUGGAAAUUCUGGAAGCUACACAAGAAGAUGAAGAACUGAUUAAGUUAAAGGAGGCUUUAAACAAAGAUGUUUGGACAAAAGAUUUGAAAAGAUAUGAAGUCAUAAAAACAGAAUUAUGUAUCGUUGACGACAUCAUACUAAGAGGAACAAGAAUAAUCAUUCCAAAGAAAUUAGUGCCCAAAAUUUUAGAGACUGCACAUGAAGGUCACUUAUCUAAAAAUUCAAUGAAGGCAAAAUUAAGAGAGAAAGUCUGGUGGCUGAAGAUGGAUAGCGAUGUGGAAUACUGGAUUGACACUUGUGAAGGCUGCAGGCUUGUGAGACAGACUACACCCCCAGAACCACUUACACCAACAGAAUUACCAAACAGAGUAUGGCAGUUAGUUGCUAUUGACUAUUUGGGACCACUGCCAUCAGGGCACUAUCUACUUUUCGUUGUUGACUACUAUAGCAGAUACUUUGAAGUAGAAAUAACAACCAAUCAGACUGCUGAAACAACAAUUAAAGUUCUGGAAAAGAUUAUGGCCCGUGAAGGCAUCAUGGAGGAAAUUGUAUGUGACAAUGGACCAGCUUUUAGAGAUCAAACAUUCAACGAAUUUCUCCAAGCUAACAAUGUCAAGCUAAGACACACAACACCGUUGUGGCCACAAGCCAAUGGAGAAGUUGAAAGACAAAAUAGGAAUGUCCUCAGAAGAUUGAAAAUUGCACAAGGCUUAAAGAAAGACUGGAAAAGAGAGCUGUUAACUUAUCUAUUUGCAUACAGAACAACACCACAUUCUACAACAGGAUUACCACCAGGAAAUAUAUUCAGAGGAAGAAAAUUAAGAACUAAAUUACCUGAAAUGCAUCUAGAAGAACAAAACUUGAAUGAUGAAGAAAUGAGAGACAGGGAUAAAUACAUGAAAAUGCAACUAAAAAAAUACACAGAUGAGAAGAGACAUGCAAGACCAUCAAACAUAGAAGUUGGAGACAAAGUAUUAGUUAAACAAAAGAAAGAAAACAAGUUAUCAACAACAUUUUCUCCGGAGCCACAUACGGUAGUUUGGAAAAGUGGCAAUUCAGUAGCGGCCCAGUCUCCUAAUGGGAACAUAGUGAGAAGAAACUCAUCAUUUUUCCAGCCCAUUCGUACAAGAGAUUUAGAAAGAUUUCAAUGUUCAGAACAGAUAGAAGAAAAAGAGAAGGAAAUACCAGAUAUAGACAUAAAUAAAUCAACAAAUCAGGAGGAAAGAGAAAUCCCAAAGGUGUCUAGGAGAUGCCACGAAAAUGAGUUGUCUAAGAAAACUGACUUGACAAGGGACAAAGACAGACGAAUGACUAAAAUUCCUACCAAGUACAAAGACUUUGUAUUGGGUCUUAUUUUAGAAUGUGUUUAUAAUAAUAAAUAA